GCUCAAGUCAAUUCAUAAACUCACAAUGGCGGCAACGGCAUACCCCACUGUGGUGCUCAUCCCACUAUGCGUCCCAGGCCACCUCGCGUCCAUGAUCGAAGCCGGCAAGCGGCUGCUCGGCAGAAGCCGCUGCCCCAUGUCCCUCACCGUGCUCAUCACGCAGAUGACCAUGUCCGCCAACCUGAUGUCCGACGUCGACGACAUCAUGCGACGGGAAGCCGACUCCGGCCUGGACAUCCGCUUCGUCCACCUCCCCGCCGUGGAGCUCCCCACCGUCCACCACGGCCUCGAGGACUUCAUGAUGCGCUUCAUACAGCUCCACGCGACGCACGUCAAGGAGGCCGUCUCCGGCAUGUCGUCCCCGGUCGCCGCGGUCGUGGUGGACUACUUCUGCACCACCCUGUUCGACGUCGCGCGCGAGCUCGCGCUGCCGGCGUACGCCUACAUGCCGUCCGGCGCGUCGAUGGUCGCGCUCAUGCUGCGGUUACCGGCGCUGGACGGGGAGGUGUCCGGGGACUUCGAGGCGAUGGAAGGAACGGUCGAUCUGCCCGGGAUGCCGCCGGUGCCGGCUCGUCUCAUGCCGUCUCCGCUGAUGAGGAAGGACCCGAACUUCGCGUGGCUGGUGUACCACGGCAAGCGCUUCAUGGAGGCCGACGGGGUCAUCGUGAACACGGUGGCCGAGCUGGAGCCGUCCAUCCUCGCGGCCAUCGCCGACGGCCUCUGCGUGCCAAGACGCCGCGCUCCGGCCGUCUACCCGAUCGGCCCGGUCCUGCCUCUCAAGCCGCCGUCCGCGCCCGGCGACGGCGAGCAGGUAGUAGCACAGCGGCACGAGUGCGUGAGGUGGCUCGACGCGCAGCCCCCAGCGUCCGUCGUGCUGCUCUGCUUUGGGAGCAUGGGCGGCAGCUUCCCGUCGCCCCAGGUCCGCGAGAUCGCCGACGGCCUCGAGCGCAGCGGGCACCGCUUCCUGUGGGUGCUCCGUGGCCCGCCACCGCCGGACGGUUCCAAGUACCCGACGGACGCCAACGUCCACGAGCUGCUCCCGGAAGGGUUCCUGGAGAGGACGAAGGGCCGAGGCCUCGUGUGGCCCACGUGGGCGCCGCAGAAGGACAUCCUCGCCAACCCCGCCGUCGGCGGCUUCGUCACCCACUGCGGCUGGAACUCCAUCCUCGAGAGCCUGUGGCACGGCGUACCGAUGGUGCCCUGGCCGCAGUUCGCGGAGCAGCACCUGAACGCGUUCGAGCUCGUGGCCGUCAUGGGCGUCGCCGUCGCCAUGCAGGUGGACAGGAAGCGCGGCAACUUCGUCGAGGCGGCGGAGCUGGAGCGCGCGGUCCGGUGCCUGAUGGGCGGGUCGGAGGAGAAGGGGAGGAAGGCGCGGGAGAAGGCCACGGAGGCGAAGGCCCUGAGCCGGAACGGCGUGGCCAGCGGCGGGUCGUCGGACGUGUCGGUGCAGAAACUGGCGCGAGAGAUUUUGCACAAGCACGACGACAAGGGGUGUGCCACCGCAAGCGGGGAGAGCAUGGGCAGCGUCGUCGUUCCCGCAUCUCCGGCCAGAAUAAUAUGAUCCCCCGAACACGGAGAAAUCGCCGUCGUCCACGAAUAAAUCGGAGGCCGCCAUGCGAUCCGUCUGGCACUGCUCACGUUGUUUGGCAUUGUUCACAAUCGCCGUGUGCACUGUAGUUUCUUAUCCGCAGUAACUUUACCAUUCGAAAUAAUGUAGUAUAGCACGCGCUGCUUCUUCCUAAGUCCGUGUAGCGUAGCCCGCGUGUUCGAGCUAGUUUGUGUUAAGUUGAAUGAGUUAAUGGAUGCUAGUUGUAGUCU